GGCGGGGCUAGGAGAGGCGCAAGCGCCUUUGAGUGCACCGGGGCUGUUUCUGUGGGAACCGUUUCCUGGGCUUGGAGCCCGAACGUGACCUGGGCACGCUGGCUUGGGAGGGCGCUCUCCUAGUUGUCGUCCUUGACCUCCACUUCCAGGAAGUCAUUAUGUGAUUAACACAUCUUCAUAAGAUUUCCUCUGAUUUACCCUGAAGUGUAUGUGAGAAUGAUGUGCACUGCCAAGAAAUGUGGAGUUAGAUUCCAGCCUCCAGCUAUUAUCUUAAUCUAUGAGAAUGAAAUGAAGGGGAAAAGUCGCCAGCGCAUUAUGCCUGUACGAAACUUUUCAAAGUUUUCAGAUUGCAACAGAGCUGCUGAACAAUUAAAGAAUAAUCCACGACACAAGAGUUACUUGGAACAGGUGUCCUUGAGACAGCUAGAGAAGUUAUUCGUUUUUUUACGAGGUUACUUGUUGGGACAGAGUUUGGCAGAAACAAUGGAACAAAUUCGACGGGAAACAACUAUUGAUCCUGAGGAAGACCUGAACAAACUAGAUGACAAGGAACUUGCUAAAAGGAAGAGCAUCAUGGAUGAACUUUUUGAGAAAAAUCAGAAGAAGAAGGAUGAUCCAAAUUUUGUUUAUGACAUCGAAGUUGAAUUUCCACAGGAUGAACUGCAGUCUUGUGGCUGGGACACAGAGUCAGCAGAUGAGUUCUGAUCCCCAAAACAAACAUUUAUUGGGUAACAGAAACUCCAUGUUUAUACGGAGAAUAGAGAUUAGUUCUAGAAAAUUCUGUAAAGAACACUAAAUGUACAUGUUGGAUCAUAUUUGGAUUGACCAUGUGACUUCAAAACCAAGACAUGUAGAAAAUCUACUAUGUAGGUGCAUGAGGAAUAUAGAAAAAACAGAACAUAGGAAUCUGACUUUAAGGAGCUUACAAUCUAAUUGGAAGAUAUGUCAAAAACUUGUGAAAAGCUAAUGAACAGUAUUAGGCAGCAAAAAUAUUAAAGCCAAAUGAUUGAUAAAGAUGAAAAAGAGUCACAGCCUAGAUUACUGUAGAGCAGAAUAGUCAGGGAAGACUUGCUCCUUUAGUGGCAAGAUGGGACUUUGGCCCUUGAAGUGGUAGUACUUGAAUAGAAGCUUGUAUAGGAUUCCAGAUGAGAGAAAUUGGGAGGAAAAAGAGGGGAAGGGUACAGUAAGCAAAUUAUAAUUGGAUAAGAUUAGAGGGUGUGUAUGGUUACAAGGGGAUUAUCCUGUAUAUAUUAUGUCUUUAUAUACAUUUAACUCUGUUUUACAAGUAUUUAAUCCUGGAGUAGAAGAGCAAGUCCAUGUCCUUUGAUGGACAGCAGGGGAAUUCUGCCCUUCUGGUAUCAGGAAAUAUAAACCAAAGAUAUUCUGAAACCCUGAACCUCUUCCUGUAAGUAAGAGGUUUCUUUAUAAAAUGGGAACUCUACCCAUAAUAAAUGAACAAUAAGUACUGCCAGUUUAGACCUGUUCCUGAAUUUGCAUGUACAAAGAAGAUUUUUGUUGAACAAGGUUAUAUGUGUACAGAUCUUUCUUUCUAUAUUAUUAUUUGAUCAGUAGAAAUCCUGCAUUUUCUGCAAGGAAAUUAAUACUAAAUAAAGCUGGAAAAAUUAGUCAUUCUUUGUCUGUUUCUACUCUCUUUACCAUUAUAAGCCCCCACUAAAGGGAUCAUUCUUAUAGUGACACCACCAGGGACUUAAGAUGGUCAUGACUCAUGUAUAUUUGCCAAAGGUGGCAAAAGAAUUUUCAGAAUUGGAGAUUCCUUCAUAUCUGCAUAAUAUUUUAGUUUAUAGAUAUAGAUGAUAUAUUUUAAAGUUGACUUUAGAUUGUUUUCUCCUUUCACUGUUACAAACAAUGCAAAUAACCUUAUAAAUUCUCUAUUUUGCAUGUGUACAUGACUAUAAAUAAUGCAUAGAGGGGAAUUGCUGGAUAUGUGCAUUCUAAAUUUUCAGAGAUAUUGCUAAAUUUUCUUCCAAAGAGUUAGUUUCUUUCUUUCUUCCUUUCUUCCUUUCUUUCAGUGCUUUGUACUGUAUAAGUACCCACUAUGUGCUGAGCAUGUACUGUUCUAGAGUCUGGGGAUGCAGCAGUAUGUACAACAAAGUCCUUGCCUUUAUAAGGUUUACAGUCUAGUUGGAAAGGGAACAGUAAACAAGUUAUGUCCUAUGAUAAGUAGUCAGAGGGGGUGGAAGCCAUUGGUUUUGAUACAGUUGAUCAGAGAAGGUCCCACUGAAGAGGUAACAUUUGAGCAAAGGCCUGAAGCAAGUAGGGAAAAAAUAUGCAUUUCAGGGGUAGUGGAGAAAGGUAAGUGCAUAGGUCCCAGGGUAGUGUGCUUGGCACAGUUGAGGGACAGCAAGGAGGGCGAUGUGGCUCAUACAGAUGAAGCAAGAGAAAAUGGUAGGAGAUGCGGUUGGAGUACAUGAAG